AUGUCGCUAUCUCCAGAGCAGAUCCAGAUCAUCAAGGCCACUGUGCCGGUGCUUCAGCAGCAUGGCGCUACCAUCACCACCGUCUUUUACAAGAACAUGCUCGACGCCCAUCCCGAGCUCAAUGCGGUCUUCAACACCUCUAACCAGGUGAAUGGCCAUCAACCCCGCUCCUUGGCUGGCGCGCUCUUCGCCUACGCCUCGAACAUUGACAACCUCGGUGUCCUGAGCCCUGCCGUGCAGCUCAUCUGCCACAAGCAUGCCUCUCUGUACAUCCAGCCCGACCAGUAUGGCAUCGUGGGCAAAUACCUGCUCGAGGCCAUGGGGCAGGUGCUGGGUGAUGCGCUGACCCCCGCCAUCCACGAGGCCUGGGGCGCCGCCUACUGGCAACUCGCCAACCUCAUGAUUGGCAUCGAGAAUGAUCUGUACCAGCAGAGUCAAGGCUGGACGGACUGGCGCGAGUUCCGCAUCGCCCGCAAAGUCCCCGAGUCGGAUGUCAUCACUUCGUUUUACCUCACGCCCGUCGACGAGAAGCCGCUCCCUGCAUUCCGCCCUGGUCAGUACAUCGGAGUGCAGGUCUAUGUGCCUGAUUUGAAAUAUCCCCAAGCCCGUCAGUACUCGCUCAGUGAUGCGCCUCGCUCCGACUACUACCGGAUCAGUGUGAAGAAGGAGAUUGGGUUGAACCCGACUCAGCCUGAUGCUUCGACUCACCCGGGGUAUGUCUCGAACCUCUUGCACGAUACUAAGAAGGAGGGCGAUACCAUCAAGGUUUCUCACCCGUAUGGAGACUUCUUCUUCUCCGACUCGGAUCCCUCGCACCCAGUGGUGCUGCUCGCUGCCGGUGUGGGCUUGACCCCGUUGACCUCCAUCCUCAACACCCUUACCUCGGCUUCAGACUCUGAGCGCAAGAUCAGUUUCAUCCACGGUGCGCACAGUUCGAGCGUACGCGCUUUCAAGGACCACAUCAAGUCACUGUCGGAUAAGCACUCGAACCUCAACGCAACCUUCUUCACCACCCAGCCAUCAGCCACAGAGAAGCAGGGCGAGGACUAUGACCAUGUCGGACGGAUUGACGUCCAACAGUUGGACGCAAACAAGGAUCUCUUCCUCGACAACCCCCAAACAGAAUACUACAUCUGCGGACCCGAAAGCUUCAUGACUAGUCUGAAUGCCGGACUCAAGGCCAAGGGCGUGGGUGCAGAUCGCAUCAAGAUGGAAUUAUUCGGCACCGGCGGUGUCCCACACCUAUGA